UUUAGCUUACGCUAUAACAACUAAAUAUCUAUCCUUACAAACAGUUGGUGUAAAUCAAAUUUUUUUCAUGAUACAUCUGGAGCUAAAUUAACACUUUUUCCUGAACUUGGAACAAGAUUUUGUGGGCUUCUGCUCCAGAUUGAAUUUAUUUUUCUCUUCUUUGAUAAUUUUGGUUCUUGCUUUUUGAGGAGAGAAAAUUUGAUGGGAUCUUCCAGCAGUGCGCCAAAACGAGCUAACCGCAUUCCUCAGCGAGAUGAUGACCACGUCAACAUGGCCCCGCCCCUCAACAUCUAUGAAAACAUAUUUGAUCUCUCCUCGAAGAGAGAUUCAAUCAGUGAGAUAAGGACUUGCAUGCCUGAAUUCAGAGUUGAUGGGGCAGAGACAACAUCAGAAAAUGUUGGAGAAGAAGAAGACGAAGUUGAUGGGGUGGAGACGUCAUCAGAAAAUGCUGGUGAAGAGGAAGAAGACUAUGAAGAUAUGGGAGUUGAUGGGGCGGAGACGACAUCAGAAGUUGUUGGAGAAGAAGGAGAUGACGAAGAUAAAUAUAUGGAAGAGCUUAAGGGGGAUAUUUGUAGUACGUUUUGGGAAGAACUAUCGACUGUCUUAAUCACAGGCAUGGCAGGUAUUGGAAAGACAACUCUUGCUAGACAAGUAUACAACCACCCACACGUCGUUGCUCAAUUCAAGGGCCGUGCUUGGGUGUGUGUUACUGGCUUGACUGGGAAAGAGGUACUUAUGAAACUAAUACGACAGGUCGUAUAUAGUAAGAAACUCGGAGGAGAUUCCUUGUUAGAGAAAAUGGAUCGUAGAGACAAGAAAAGUCUCCAAGAGAUGCUUCACCAACACCUGAAAGGAAAGCGAUAUUUGAUAGUUCUCGACGACGUGCACAAAGAAAUGAUCUGGGAAUCUAUCUGGGAAGGUCUUCCACAUGAAAAAAAAAGUAGUAAAUUGCUGCUCACGAGUCGCAGUAAGAAUACACGAAGAGACCCCUUCUCUUCGGAUGAGAUGGAAAGUCGUAUCCAUUAUGCUUAUCGGAUGCAACCUCUAAAUCCUGAGGAGAGCUGGCGAUUUUUUUCUAAAACAAUAUUUUGUGGCAUUGAUAAAUCGCACCAAUUCCCAAAGCAUUUGUUGAAAAUGGGGAGAGACAUGUUGACACUAUGUGGCGGUGUGCGGUUAGCUAUAAAAGAGAUGGGAAUGCAGUUAGCAGAAAAGAGACGGUCAGGGAUUGAAUGGGAACAGCUUCUUCAACCGACUCGUUGCAAUGCAAUUUUGGAGGCUAUCAUGUUAAUGAUAAUACAAAGGCUAGACAGCCGUUCAGAUUGGGUUUAUCUGGAAGAGGUGAUAAAUGUCCUUAAAAUGAUGGUGGAUUUCGUGAGAGACAAGGAAUUGGAAGAGGGAAGCAGGCUGUAUUAUUUCAUAUGCGACGUUGUCGACAUGGCUCACUAUCUUGGGGAGAAUAGGCCCAUUUCUAAAAAUAAUGCAGAGUCUAUCCUAAGAUGGACCAGCGAGGUCAAAAUGAGCAUGCUCGAAGGGGCAGAGGCAGAGUCAUCCUCGUACAAAUCAGAAAGUUUCGGAGAAGGAGACCAAAAUGGAAAUGUGGUGGGAUUAGAGGAAGACGUGGAUCUGCUGCUUCGCAGAGUGAUUUCUAAUGGGGAACUACACAGCUAUUUGAUCACAGGGAUGACUGGUAUUGGGAAGACAGCUCUUGUAAGCAAAGUGUACAACCAUGCAGGCGUCGUUGAUCAAUUCGAUAGGCGUGUUUGGGUAUGUUGUUUUACUAACUUUAGUCAUAAAAAAAUAUUGAUGAAGAUAAUAGAGCAGCUGGUAGAUUGUGAGGAAUUUAAAAGGGAUUCUUUAUUGGAGAAAAUGGAGCGUGCAGACAAUUUUUGUGUGGGGGAGAUGCUUCGCAAACAUCUCGAGGGAAUGCGAUAUUUGAUAGUUCUUGAUGACUUUCCCAAGGAAAUGUGCUUGGGAUAUAUCUUGGAAUUUCUUCCAUUUGAAGUUAAAGGAAGUAGGUUGCUUCUCACGAGUCGAUUUGCCUAUAAAGAUGUGAACAUCGGUUAUACUCAUUGGGUGAAAACUUUGGAUCCUCGUAAGAGCUGGAAAUUGCUUUUGAAAACUAUACCAAGUGAGCUAAAAUUCCCAAAGAACUUGGAGAAAAUGGGGAGAGACAUGUUGAGGAAAUGUGACGGUCUACCAUUAGCUAUAAUCGAGGUGGGCAAACAGUUAGCAAAAAGGAGACCACUGACAGAGAGAGAAUGGGAGGAAGCUCUUGAAUCAAUUGAUUUGGGCGUAAUACUGCCGUUAUUUGAGUCGAGUUAUCAAAAAUUGGAUCCAGAAUCCAAGCCAUGCUUCUUGCAUAUGGCCUUCUUUAAGGAAUACACAUGUAUUAGGACAGGGAAGAUGGAACAUGUUUCGGCUAUAGUAAGCAAGGUCUCAGAAAACCAAAUUAGAUCAUAUGUGAGUAUCUUAACUCAGGAAUGCUUUGUCGAGAUCAAGGACAAGAAGAGUUGUCGCGUCAAUGCUAUACUACACAUGUUAUCCAUCAAAAAAGCAGAGGAGGAAAUAGGUCUUGAGAUCCUAAGGAGCAAUGGAAGUAAUCGACCCUUUGAGAGUCCUCGUCAUCAUCGUGUUAUCAUUUGUAGCAGAGACAAGUUCAACUGCUCCACGGAUCAAGAUAAACAUCUUGUUUCUCUCUUCUUCCAUGGAGGUGGCUUCUUCGACACUAGUCCCUCUUAUUGGAAGAGCUUUGAACUACUUAAGAUACUUGAUUGGGAAGAUUUUGGGCUGAAGAAUUUACCAGAAAGUGGUACUGACACAAUGAUGGGAUUAAGAUACUUGGGAUUGAGAAACAAUUACAUACAAAAGCUCCCACUCGCGUUGGGGAGCUUGAAAGAGCUUGAGGUUCUUGAUAUAGCUCUCAACUUUAUGGUGGAGGUGCCAGAUAUUAUAUGGGAAAUGUGUAGCCUUCGUCACCUCUACAUGUCUGAUGUGAUUUGCCGAGAGCCUUUGAAGAUUGACACUCUGGCGAAUCUGGAGAGCUUAACCUACAUCUCAUUUGAUAAUUGGACUUAUGAGCUCUCGUGCAAGGGAAAGAUGACCCGUCUCAACAAACUGGGCAUUGAAGAAAUUGAUGAAAACUCGAAUGUAAGCAAGCUCUUUGCAUCAUUGGUUGAGCUGAAGAAUCUUGAAACCCUAAUCUUAAGAGGGUUUCGUUUCAGAAGCAUGCCUUGUUUGGACAACCUUGGUAUUCUACGAAGUAUUCGUACACUGAAACUAGAAGGGAACCUUCCCAUGUUACCAAGUGCCUCUAAUUUCCCUCGAUUACUCGAAUCAUUGACGUUGGUUAAUAGCUGUCUUGAUGAAGACCCCAUGCCAAUACUAGCCGCGAGGUUACCUGUCCUUAGGCACCUCAAAUUGCGGAAUGCAUACACCGGUGAAGAAAUGGUGAUCUCGAAAUACAUGAAUCACCUCGAGGUCUUGUGCAUGGAAGAGCUGUGGAAUGUGAGAGAUUUACAAGUUGGAAAAGGUAGACUGUCAAAUCUCAAGAAUUUAGAGAUCAAGAAUUGUCCAUACCUGGAGACGCUUCCGGAAGCGAUUGGGGAGAUGAGAAAGUUGGAGGAGUUAAAAAUGGUGACAACCAAAACCAUUGCAACAAAGAUCAGAAACUCACACUUAAUCUCCGAAAUAAGGCAGCGGUCUUCUGAUUUUCGGUUGCAUUUGAAUAGUGAUAAUUAAGAGUUGCCUGUUUAUUAAACACAUAAUUCGGCAUUGAUCAUUGUCAUUAUAACUUGUAUUACAUUUUGUACUUAAUUUUUUUCUUCCCUUUGUAUAAGAGCUUAUAUAUUCUCCAAAAAAAUCAGCAAAUCAUUGAAUUUUGCAGUACUUUUAAA